AUGAACACAUCCCCAGGCACUGUGGGCAGUGACCCGGUCAUCUUGGCUACUGCGGGCUAUGACCACACCGUGCGGUUUUGGCAGGCCCACAGCGGGAUCUGCACCCGCACGGUGCAGCACCAGGACUCUCAGGUGAACGCACUGGAAAUCACGCCCGACCGCAGUAUGAUUGCUGCUGCAGGUUACCAGCACAUCCGCAUGUAUGAUCUCAACUCCAAUAACCCCAACCCCAUCAUCAGCUAUGAUGGGGUCAAUAAGAACAUCGCGUCUGUGGGCUUCCAUGAGGAUGGCCGCUGGAUGUACACGGGUGGGGAGGACUGCACUGCCCGGAUCUGGGACCUCAGGUCCCGCAACCUGCAAUGUCAGCGGAUCUUCCAGGUGAACGCACCCAUUAACUGUGUGUGCCUGCACCCCAACCAGGCAGAGCUCAUUGUGGGUGACCAGAGCGGUGCUAUCCACAUCUGGGACUUAAAAACUGACCACAACGAGCAGCUGAUUCCUGAGCCUGAGGUCUCCAUCACAUCUGCCCACAUUGACCCGGACGCCAGCUACAUGGCGGCAGUAAAUAGCACUGGGAACUGCUAUGUCUGGAAUUUGACGGGGGGCAUUGGCGAUGAGGUGACGCAGCUCAUCCCCAAGACCAAGAUCCCAGCACACACCCGCUACGCCCUGCAGUGCCGCUUCAGCCCAGACUCCACGCUCCUCGCCACCUGCUCGGCUGACCAGACGUGCAAGAUUUGGAGGACGUCCAAUUUCUCCCUGAUGACGGAGCUAAGCAUCAAGAGCAGCAAUCCCGGAGAGUCAUCCCGAGGCUGGAUGUGGGGCUGUGCCUUCUCUGGGGACUCCCAGUACAUUGUCACAGCUUCCUCUGACAACCUGGCCCGGCUUUGGUGCGUGGAGACGGGAGAGAUCAAGAGAGAAUACGGCGGCCACCAGAAAGCCGUGGUGUGCUUGGCCUUCAAUGACAGUGUGCUGGGCUAG